AUGGAGGCUGUCUGUGGGAAGGAAUUGCGUUCGGACCUUCUGCAGUCCGUGGAGAGAGUUCGUGAUGGCGACAAGCGGGAGUUGUUGGAUGUAAUGUUAGAGUUCAUGUUUGACACAGUGUCUUUCAUCCGGGAGCUGUCAAGUGAUAUCUUUCGGAUGGAACAAGAGCUGGAUGAUGAGAUGGCACAGCUAUGCGUAUUCUACAGGACUGCAAUUGCGGGGGUAUUUGUGCUCAGUCCCGAUGAGUGUGUCACUAUACGUAAGGCUCUUAUAGACCCCGACCCUGCGAUCCCCGAGGCUGUGCUAAAGAGAGUUGUCUCUCCUCUGUACAAGAAGGCAGCUUAUUAUCUGUGGUAUUUCAUAAUGCAUUGUUGCUAUGCAAAGUACCCACAUGAGCAGCGAAUGAUAAGAAACUACAUGAACAACGCAUAUCUGGGACACAGGAAUAUAGUAAAUUACUGGGAGAAGAUGUCUAUCGUCAAUGAUCGCGAUCAGGACCCAGAACAGGAAGCCCUUGACGCUAUUAAAACCAAGACACUGUUACAUUGUAUCAAGAAUGAGUUGUUGCCAUCAUGGCGAAAAGUUCUGGAAGAUUACAAAGCCGCAUGUUUCGACGCAGUGAUGCAGUCUCGGAAACUGAAGGAUCUCUUUGUCACAGUAGAUAAAUCUGUCUCUGAUAGUAACUUCGAAGACACAGAGUCGAUGCACACAUACCUGAACUGGAUAGAUAAUAUGCUGAAGAAGUUCAUACUCGACUCCAAAACCGAUCUGCACGUGACCGAGUCUGAUCUGUGCUCACCGAUGCCCUUGACGUUGGCCGAGCUGAAGAAAUUCUCUGAAGAGAAGCAUAUAACUGACCAACUGGAGAAGUUACGGGUGGUGUAG